AGUGAGUGCGUGCAGUGUCCCAGGACCCUGUUUACUUAGUAUUCCCAGCCGAGGAAGCCCUGGUUUAAAUACGAUCGGAGGAGAGGGCUGCCCACAGCAGAUGAGGAAAUGGUCACUGUGGGGCUUUAAAUUCCUGCCUUCCCAUGUGCUGGUGCGGAGGAUGAGCCUGCAGAAUGCCUUUCCUCUUGGGUCUCAGACAGGACAAGGAAACCUGCAUGGGUGUCAACAAUCAAAGUUACAUAUGUGAAACGGGCCACUGUUGUGGACAAUCCCAGUGUUGCAACUACUACUAUGAACUCUGGUGGUUUUGGCUGGUGUGGACCAUCAUCAUCAUCCUCAGCUGCUGCUGUGUCUGCCAUCACCGACGCACCAAGCAUCGUCUCCAGGCCCAGCAGCGGCAACACGAGAUCAACCUGAUCGCUUACCGGGAAGCCCAUAACUAUUCAGCCCUGCCGUUCUAUUUCCGGUUUCUGCCAAAUUAUUUACUACCUCCCUAUGAGGAAGUGGUGAACCGACCACCGACCCCACCACCACCAUACAGUGCCUUACAUCAGCAGUGUGUCCCAGCAGGCAGCAGUAGCACAAUCCCAGACACGCCAAGAAACCUGCAGCCAGCACAGAGCAGCUCAGCAGCACCCAGUGGCAAUAACAGCAGUACUGACAACACCGGGUCCCCCGGCCUCGGGGACCCCGAGCCCUCCAGCCCCAUGCUGGUUGAGCGAGCAGUUGCCAAAAUGCAAAGCGCUGAGCCCGGCGGUACCAGCACAGGAGCCGAGCUAGUGGAGAGAACCGGUCCUGAUAAGGACCUGGAGUGCAAAGAGGAACUGCUAAAAGGUUACAGCUCUGAGAGCUUAGAGCAGAGCGGUGCCAUUCCCGACGCGAAGGACAAGACACCAGGCAGGCAGCGCCGCUUCACCGGCGACUCGGGCAUCGAAGUCUGUGUAUGCAACCGGGGCCAUCAUGAUGAUGAACUCAAGGAGUUUAAUGGGCUCAUCGAUGAUGCUCUGGAUGGGCCCCUGGACUUCUGUGACAGCUGCAGCGGUCGCCCCCACGGGGAUGAGGAGGAAGGGCUUUUUAAUGCUCUGGAAGAGCAGCACCGUGAACACAGCCACCACCACCUGCCCCGGCAGCCCGUGUGUGUACUCUUGAACACAAUAAAUGAGCAGGACUCUCCAAACUCUCGUACCAAUAACUCCCCCAGCUAAAGAGGCAGAAUGGAAGGGAAAAUCGGGGGAAAAAAAACCACAAAGAAAAAAAAAGUGGAAUGAGAGGAUUAAAACUUUAAUAGGAGGAAAAGGUGAUACAACCUUCUUUUUAAGUUCAUUUUUCUUUCUCCCCCUCCAGUAUAGUUUGGGGGCUAGUCCUUGAAGGGCCCGGCUUGUGGGGGACGGGUCGCUCCAGGUUUUGUUAAUCGUGUCCAUCCUGCUUCGCAGGGCAGGGACUGUUGUUUCUCAGUGAGACCUUCUAACAAAUGGAACUUUCCCAAUGGUGAUUUUGGUGAUGGUUAUUAUGAGUUGGUUUUAGUUUUCAAAAACACUGCUUUAUCUCGCAAUCAGUAAAGCUCAGCAAAUCUCACCCUGGGAGGAUACGAAAUCACCGCAAGGCUUCAACCUCCAGGUGUCUUCCCAGAAGCAAGCAGCUUCUGACAGUGCUGGCAGUCAGUAGCCCAAGAGUUCUGGUUUGUUAUAGUGCUCUUGAGAUAUUGGGGAUUUGUUUUAAUUUAGGUUGCUUUUUUUUUUUUUUUUUUUUUUUUUUAAAUUUUGGUGUUAAGGUUUCCUGAAGCUGAUGAAUGCCUGAAUACAUCAGCCCUAUAAUCUCUGGUGCUUCAGUGUUUAAGACAGCAGGUAGGAAAUUUCCCACUUGAAGCUGGUGACUGAAGGACCAGUUUCUUCCAGAAGGGAGUGUUAGUCUACCAUAAGCAGUUUAAAAAGAAAGGGUUUGCAGAAAUUUACCUUUAUCUGUAAUUUUAAAGAUAAGUGUAUUCAUUCAAUGCCUCAAAGAGCACAGUUAGAAGUAGAAUCCAGGCAGCUGGGCUGCCUUCCAAGUACUGUGGUCUCCAAAUGACCUUUUUCCCAGUGUGCUACUAAAGGACUUGGCUUUAUUUUUUUUCCUUUUUUUGCACCCCAAAAGCAGCACACUUGAGUUAAGAUGACAAAAAGAACAGGGCUCUCUUUGGCCAGCGUGCCUUCAAGCUUCAGUGAUGCAUGUUGAACAAAUGGAGACAAGAGCUCCGUCCAUUGCAAAGGGAUGACUUACCAUGUAGAUGUGGAAGACCUGUGCAGUAUUUUUUUUUUUUUUUAAUCCAGAAGUUUGGUGCGAUUUUAAUGUUGACCACUUAAAAGAAAUGAAUGUCUGGGGUUUUUUCCUUUUUUUUUUUUCUUUUCUUUUUUUUUUCAUGGUGGCAACUGGCUACUGUAUAAUGUCUGUGAGCGUGUGUGUGUGUGACUGCAAUCCAUGCAUGCGAGUCCUACUGGUAAUAUGAAAACCUGCUGUAAGACUGCAAGAAAAUUUACUGUAGCUUUGCUUUAAUAAACGGUAGAGAUUUUGUUAGUAACAACCUGAAGGAAAAAAAAAAAAGGAAGAGCUGAAACUAACAUUCCCUGGAGUGCUCAUGUGGAAGAGAGCACAGUCAGAUUAUGUAGCUUGUUUUUGGGUUUUCUCCCCGACCCAUUUAUAAUUAUGGUCAUCCAGAUCAUUACUGUUAUGGGGAAAAAAUUGAAAACUGAAUGCAGACAUAUUCAGAUAUGAUUGAUUGAAAACCAAAAUAAGCUUUAAAUAAGGUGGAAACCAAAAUACAAUGCCUUUUCUGAUAACUU